UUCCUUUUAUCUUCUUCCUGUCCUUCCUUCUAUAAAAAGUAGACGAUCGGUCAGAAAGAUUCUCACUCCCUCUUCAGACUGUACAAACCCUAGCCGUGCUUACAUCUCCUUCAAGAAAAAUGGCACCCUUUCGAAAUGCAGGACCAAAACAAACCCUUUCGUCAUCAUCUGGAGAAGAAGAAGAAGAAGAAGAAGACACAUCAUCAUCAGAAGGAGAAGAAGCAGAGCUAGAAAAAAGUAAGAUUUCCACUUCUGCACCCAAAAAACCCUCCGCUCAAAACCAACCAAACACAUCUAAAACCCGCCCCUCACAUCCCCAACCCUCGUCCUCAUCCAACUCCGAACCCGAUUCCCCGUCUCGUCCCGACCCGAAAUCAAAACCCAUUUCUAGGGCGGCUCCUACGAGGAAGGCUAGCGGCGCUGUGGAGGAAAUGGCAAAGAAAAAACAGUUGUUUGGUGAAGAUGAUGAAAUUACUAUUUUGAAGGGGAUGAUUGGGUUCAAGUCGGAGAGAGAGGUCGAACCCGGGUCUGACAUGAACGGGUUCCUCGAAUUCGUGAAGGAAUCGCUGCGAUUCUCGGGCGCUACAAAGACGCAGCUGUACGAGAAGAUGCGGAGGUUGAGGCAGAAGUACGAGAAUAAUAUGACGAGAGGGGAAAAAGUCGGCAAGGACCACCUAGUGUUUUCGAGAGCCCACGAGAAAAUAGCCUUCGACUUGUCCAAACAGAUAUGGGGGAAUAUUGGAGGUAAUGGUGUGGGAAGUGGAAAGGCAAAGGUUAAUGCGAGUGUGAGGAAGAGUGGAAGUCGAACCGGUAGUGUGGGUUUGCUGAAGGGCGGAAAAAAGAGGAAGGUUGAGAGAAUGGAAGUGGAUGCGGAGGUUGAGGCGCGUGCGGGGGGGUUUUGGUCAGGUGGUUUUUGUGGAAGCGUUGGUGGGUUGAGUUUGGGAGAGAAGAUUGUGAAGGUUGGGUUGGGGUUGAUUAGUGAUUCUAACAAGGUGGAGUUGGAGGGGAAGUGGAAGAAGUUGAGGGGGGAGGAGACGGAGCUUUACUCGAAGAAGUUGGGCUUGAUGUGCGAGCAAAUGGAAGCGGUGCUAGAGGUGAUGAAGUCACAAGGGGAUUGAGGGUUUAGUCAGAAACUUGGCUGUGGUUAUACCACUGGUCUCAAUGAUUUUGGACAGCUAGGCAUAUCAGAUGAUAAAAGCUACAUUACUGCUAUCUGAACCUUAUUGGCCUGUUCUCACUCUUUCAUUUCCUUUUUCAUUUUUGGAGUGAUGGUUGUUCAGGGAAACAUUGCUAUUGAGAUCUUUUGCAGUCUCUAUUAUGAAGUUUUCACUUAUUUGUUUCCUU